AGCAACGAAUGAUUCUGCAAAUCGAAGUAACUAUGUAGUGUGGUGUGAUAAAAGUUGUUGGUCUGUUCCGUUCGGUUCAUUGAUCCAUGCAGCGCCAGAAUGUCUACCCGUUCGCAGCUGACAAAAGACCUGAACGAGAGUGUGAAAACACUCCUCGGACGACACACCAAAAUUCUGGUCAAGUAUAUGGUGAAGCUGGAGGUGAAGAGUGAUAAAACGGAGAACCGAGUUUUGGUUUUUACGCCGGUGCGAGUGUAUCUACUAACAGCCAAAGUACCGACAAGGAUAGACUGCCAUUUCCACUACCUGGACAUACAAUCGAUUGAAAGUCGGAAGCCGACACAUUUUACGAUCACCACCAACGACAAAAGCUACUCGUUUUGUACGAUUGGCGAUGCGGGAAGUUUUACAUCGAAUGCGGACGUAAUUUUAACGGACUUAUCGUCUGCGAUCAAGCAGAUUUUCCCCACAGUGCCACUUCGGUACAUCAUUCGAAAGAUCGAUGUAAAUCCACUCGAACGCACUGCCAUUUUCUCGGACGAGCUGCGACCCUCGGACCCGCGGAAUGUUGGCCCGUGCGGAGGUUUCAGCAUGCAGUACGCGUGCAUGUGCGAUCUACACGCGGUUCAGUAUCGGGAGGAGGUGGCUUGGGACAUCGACACGAUCUACUUGUCGCACGAUGCACGGGUCCUGAAUUUGCGCGAUUUCGAUCAUCUAGAGCAGAAGGAUCUGAUGGCUAUAGUGGCCGCGCUGGAGUAUAACACGUUCUUUCGUGGCCUGAAGGCAACUCAUACGCGCCUCUCGACGGAAACCCUCGAACGUGUGCUGCAGGUGCUACGCCGGUCACUCUGGCUCGAGGAGCUGCACCUCGAGGCGCUGGGAUUAAAGUCUGACUUUAUACAUAAGCUAGCUGUUGCUGUGAUAUCUAAUUCCGCGCCUGCACUGCGAUCUAUCGAUUUGAGCCACAAUUUGAUCGAGGACAAAGGUGCCACUCAUUUGGCUGGUCCAAUUGCCAAAAUGUCCAAAGGCUUCUCCAAGCUGGCCCUUGCCCAAUGUGGUCUUUCGGCCAAGGGCGCAAAUCAGAUCGCUCAUUCCCUCUCGCUGAAUCAAACCAUUUCUAGCUCACUGACCUACCUAGACCUAAGCGGCAACGUUUUAAAGGACGACGUGAACAACUUGUACAACUUUUUGGCACAACCUAACGUGAUCGAACAUUUGGAUAUUUCGCGCACGGACACGACUCUGGAAAGUGUUUUCGGGGCACUGCUGCGAGGUUGUUCGACACAUUUGCUGCACCUGAACGUGUCGCACAACACGUUCGGAACCAAGAAGGGCAAAGAAAUACCACCGUCGUUUAAGCAAUUUUUCACCAGCAGCCUCAGCCUGAAGCAUCUCAACAUUGCCAGUUGCAAGCUCCCGCUGGAGGCCCUCAAGCACCUGCUGCUUGGUCUGGCGUGCAACGAAUCGACCGCAGGUCUCUACCUUGAUCUGAGUGCCAACUCGCUCGGGUCGCAAGGGGCCCAUGUGUUGGAGUCGUGCAUCCACGGUGUUCGUGUGCUGUCCAGCCUGGACAUUAGCGACAACAAUAUGGAUUACGAGCUGGCCCAUGUUCUCACAGCCAUUGGCAAGAACCCAUCGAUCCGUGCGCUCUAUAUGACCAAGUGUUUCACCGGCAUGAAACUGAAGCACAUCGGCACCGUGAUGGACUCGCUGGUGAACCUGAUCCAGAAGGAGGACUUUCAGCUGCAGGAGCUGGUGCUGGCCGAGAAUCGGCUUAAAACGGAUUUGCACAACUUUAUCAACGCGCUCGGUAGCAACCAGCAUCUGCAGCUGCUGGACAUCACCGGCAAUCUAAUGGGGGACAUUGGCGCUCGGUUGUUGGCCAAAGCCCUGCAAAUUAACAACAAACUGAAAACGAUCGCUCUCGAUAGAAACAACGUGUCGCUGCAAGGCUACGCGGACAUUGUGUACGCACUGGAGAAUAACUUCUCCGUUCGCAAUAUGCCUUUUCCGCUACACGAUAUUGCACCCUGCUUGAAGCAGCAUCCGGAUCGCACCGAUGGAUUAAUGAAGCGGAUGCAGGAGCUACUGUUUCGCAACGGCAACGGCUUUAAACGGUCGCACGGCCAAGGUUUUCGUCUUCAGCAUGGCUUUCUGCUAUCCUCCACCCACCAGGUGCUGGACAAGUUGGUGGCGGAAACGCAAGAAACGAUGUCCUCGAGGCAGUGCUCGCUGGACGGCAGUUUGUCGCGUCUGCUGGAGGAUGCGGAAAACUGCAAGCAACUGCUACCGAAACUCCAGGAGUCGGUGCGCUGCGAUCCGCAUCCGAUCGAGGUGCGCCUAGGGAAGAUGAAGACCGAUCUUCAUCACUCGAUCAAGAGCUAUUUACAGGAAACGAUGGAAACGAUGUUGCGUACCGGAAUCGAGCAGUGUCCGAAAACGCUCGGCUCGCAGGUUGUGCUUAGCGAACUGCGCAAAGGGUGCGAAGAGCGGCUGACAAUAUCGGAGGAGUUUUUGCAAAGUUGCCUGGUGCACAGUGCCGGUGGGGAAGUUAUGAACCGGAUCAGCGAAGUAGAACAAUCGUUGGCCAGCCUGAUCUCUGAUCGUGCCACGGACGAGGUGCUGGAGGCAUUGACACGCUACCGAAAAGGCUUGGGUAUCGCAGAUACAGGACCGUACGGCUUCAAUGAGGAUUUGCAGUCCUUGGAUGGCACCAAGAACAACUCUAGUCAGAGCACCGAGCCGAUUGCCACGUUUGAGCUUCGGGGUCUAGAUCUUCCGAAGUUGGGACUGGAUUCACCGACGGCAACGCCUCAACUGCAGCAUAAGCGACGCUCGACAGCACGGAAGGUACGGCCACAGUCGGUGGUUGGGUUGGGCGUGGAGAAUCUAAGCCUUGCGAACAUCCCCGACGUGACGGAGUCUUCGAUUGCGAGUGUUUCACGCAACAGCAGCAGCAGCAGCAGCAACAGCACGCGCAAGAAGGAAUCGCCAACGCCCAAGGAGGACGAAUGCUGCGAUUCAAUAACGGAGCUGCCGAGCCAAUCGCUGACGUUACAGCAUCUCGUUAAGGGGCGACCAAAACGGGCAAAAACUAGGGCACCGAAAAAACCUGUCAUCAGCGAUGGUGCAGCCAACGCUGGCACGGCCGUUAAUGAGGGAAUCGAGUCGUUCUUCAGACCUGGUUCGGCCACACCCUCCACUCUGACCCCGCUAGUUUCGCCAACCUCCGAGGAGUGCAGCUCGUUGAGCUUCGUCGACAGCCCCACGCUAAGCCGUGAUGACGGCGGACGCUUUAGCAACGUAACAUCCGGUGAAACGACGCCGAUACUCGAGGAACGCAAACCUCUGAAGCUUGACCGGUCGUCCCCGUUGCUGAAGGGUGUCAGCUGGACGACGCGUUCCCGGUCUUCGGACAAUCUGGAAAAAGUGUCCCCCUCGGUGAAUCGCAAAUCGCCACUAGUGAAAGCGGCCACGGAAGUGGAACCAUCGGCGCGCACUACCAGUGAAGCAGUACGCCCCAUGGACAAUGGGUCAUCGCCAGCGGCCGCCAGCAAAUCGCCCAGCAACGAAUCAGUACGCAACGCGGACAGCCACGGUGUGCGCAUGGGGAAUGGAACGGGACAAAAAACACCAAUCAUUUCGCCGAAACCACGGCCAUGGUCGGUUUUGGGGCACGAGUCCAAAAACGAGUACAACGAGCAUCCGUCCGUGGAAAGCAUCGACACGGAUGGCGAUCUGGUGCUCAUAUCGGGCCAAACCCCCGGAGGAUCCAUAGUGGGCAUUACACCGGGUGCCAUUAGUACGGCCACCGUGACGGGCACAUCCGGCGGCAGCAUCGUGGGAAUCACGCCAGGUGCCGUUAUCGAGAAAAAAUCUGUCAGAGACAUGGCCGCCGGAUUGAACAAGCUCGGAGUGGAACUGGAGCGCAAUUCGCUUCAACGAAGCUCGAUGUUGUCACACGGCGGCGGAGGUGCAGGGUUUUCCGCCCUGCGUACCUCGGCCUCGUCGUCGGCAGUGCUCGGGCGCCUGAACCCGAUAAGUAACAGUAGUAGAGCAAGUAGCGAUAGUAGUAAGAGUAGCGGUACCGGUAGCAACAGCUUUAAGCAACACAGUGAUAACACCGAAAGGGCGGAAGCACCGUCCAAGCAACAGGACAGUACUGGCGACAAGGAAGACAGCCCGGCACCAGCAACAGAUCAAACUACCGUCAAACGGAUUGUGGCCGGAAAGAAAAUUACCGCUUUGUUUGAGGAGACGCUAGUUGAAGGCCUGCAGAAAUCGUCACGAAAAACAGUUUACAGAGAGUCCACCAUGUAUAAGGAGCAGGACACAGUGGACGUGUAGCCGCGUCCUCAGUGUGAUUCUGCAGCCGCUCAAGGGACAUUUGUUUUCUGUGCGCUCUCGCGUUCGGGUGUUGGGUAAACAUCACAGGAAUUUUAGGUAUUUGAUCCCCGCGACCCUUGAGGCUUGAGGCGGGGAGGAAAGUCGGAAACCGAGUACGCUAUUGGCUAGUUUAGUUUUAAUAGGCCAAUAUAUUUUGUUAAUCUGUUGAGUUUCUUUACACACACGCGAGCGUUUUUAAAAGCCUUCCUCUUUCAAUGUCAAAGUAUUAUGAAUUUUAUGCUUUAUCGCGUUCUCGUUCUCUGUCCUGUGUGUCUGUCGAGAUACGGUUCAUUUUCCGCCGAUACAUAUUUGUUAGUAUUACUCGCCAUUAGCUAUACUACAAUCCACCAACCCACACGGUACGGUAGCUCAUAAAAAGACUGUUAUUACUGUCCUCCAUUUUUCGCAACGGAACGGUGCGCUAUUAGAACGUAUGGUAACACUUGUUUGCUUACUCUUACCACUUAAGUCCCAACUUUGCGUAGGAACACUAAAAGUCUGAAAGUAAGAUUGUACUCAAGCCCAUUCCAGCAGACGACGCACAAAUCACGGCAUCUAUAUACUGCACGGACACACACGUACACACGUUUAAAUCCACAGACACGUAAAUAAUCUACUCGUAAAUAGUACACCGCGAAUAAGGUGCGAAGAAUUUGAAAUUGCCGUUUUAUUAGUCCCUAGACCUAUCUCAGCACUUCUGCAAAAGCCGCGCAAGCUCGCUAAGAACUGUGUGCCAAACAAUGCUAGGGAAGGGUCCGGAGGAUCGCGGAAUGAAACGUGAAUUAUAAUGGAAGUAGUCAGUAAUCGUAUGUAUGUAGUCGACUUUGGAGACAAGUUAAACCAAGACACGAACAAGUUUAAGCAAGCAAACAAAAUGAAACAUUUAACACUGCAAACGUAAUUACAGUAGAGUUAGUGGAACAUAUUAGAUCAAUUACACCCAUUUAACGGUUCGAUAUGAUAGCGCCCAAUGUGAUUCGACGUUAGAGAAAGUGUGUAUUGCGGGUUACAGAGGAACAUGGCUCCCGGUCAGAACACAAUCACCACGGGUCGUCGCAAGAACGGAGUCGUCGACCAUAGCGCACUGAGUUACACACUUUUUUAAUCGUACCCUCCGAAUACAAUGUUGCUGUUGUCGGUUGCGAUCGUAGCAUUCCUGGUUUUUAUUGCGAAAAAACGUGCCAGCGAGCAUUUGCGCGAACGCUCUACUCCUUUUCCCCGUCGUUUGUAGAUAGUUUUCUGUUUGACAACAACAAAAUGAUAGUUUGAACAUUGAAACAAUUGGCGAACUAACGAUUCGUAUGAGCAACCAAUAAAA